AUGGAUCAGAACGCAGGCGCGGCCAAUGGCGCGGCCCAGGCGGAUCCCGUCGAGCAGAACCCCCCGCGCCCUGUCGUUCCCAUUCGCACCGACUCUUUCCUCCCUCCGCACCUCCGCCCUUCUGUCAUUGAAGUGCCUGUGACCCCGGGCAUUACACGUGAAGCCUACGAGUUCGAAGCGAGCGACGAUGCCAACGGAACCGGGCGCUCAGAACCCGGCUAUUUCUCGCCGCCCCUCGACGAGCACGCGCUUGCCGCAUCGCCUGCUCCGGAUGUGACAAGCCGUGACGGCCAAUCAUUCAGAAACAAGCUUCUCAUCGGUGCUCAAGAGAGCACCAACUAUAUGCGACGAGUCAGCAUUGCCGCCCUCGGCCAGCCGAUCGACAAACCAGCAGCAGAGUCCAUGUCCGAUGUUCGAUCGAUUAGCCCCAAUCUCGCGCUCACGGGCAACAUUAUAUCGGCCACCUUCAACAUACCCUACUCGGUCAAGUACCCCAAGGGCGCCGACUGGGAAUUGGCUCCGCGCCACGGCCAAUCGGCGCUCUUCGAUGCGUUCUCGUACCUUUCCUCCGACGAAUCACCCUGGAACCACACGGUUGUCGCAUGGACUGGCGAGAUCGAGCAGCCCCCGGAGGCGUGGCCGCCCCAGGACGGGCCCAGCACCACGGUCCACCUGAGCUCGCUCAAUCCUCUCUCGAGACCGGUGCCGCUCGAUGGUGAGUCGAGGCCGCCCACGCCGCCGACAGACGGGCUGUGGAUUCCCAAGGAAGACAUGCAGCGCCUCGAGAAUCAGUUGUCGCACAACAAGAAGAUCAAGACGGUUCCGGUCUGGCUAGCCGACGACGUCGACGGAAACGAAGGCGGCAUCAGGUUGAAGGACCAGGCGAGAUGGAGGCGCUACGCCGAGCACGAUCUCUACACCCUCUUCCACUACAAGCAGCAUGAGCCGACCGACGGCCGCGCCGAGAGAGCACAUUGGGCCGACUACUUUAGGAUGAACCAGAAGUUUGCCAACAAGAUCCUCGAGGUCUAUAAGCCCGGCGACAUUGUCAUCGUCCAUGACUACAACCUGAUGCUGCUCCCCAGCAUGCUGCGGCAGCGCGCCCCGCACAUGUACAUCGCCUUCUACCUGCACUCACCUUUCCCGAGCAGCGAGUUCCUCCGCUGCUUGCCGCGUCGCAAGGAGGUGCUCGAGGGCGUCCUGGGCGCCAACCUGGUUGGGUUCCAGAGCUACAGCUAUUCACGACACUUUGCCAGUUGCUGCACGCGCAUUCUGGGCUUCCCCUCGGACAGUUCGGGUGUCGACGCCUACGGCUCGCGCGUCGAAGUCGGCGUCUUCCCCAUUGGCAUCGACGCCACAAAGGUUGCCCGCUUGGCUUGGACAGACUCAGUCAACGAGAAAUACGAGGCGCUCAAGAAAAUGUAUGCCGGAAAGAAGAUCAUCGUGGGCCGCGACCGUCUGGAUAGUGUCCGCGGCGUUGCGCAGAAGCUCAUGGCGUUUGAGCGGUUCCUCGAGAACUACCCCGAGUGGCGGGACAAGGUGGUGCUCAUCCAGGUUACGUCGCCCACCAACAUUGAGGAGAAGGAGGACUCCGAGAACAAGACCUCGAGUCGGGUCAAUGAGCUGGUCAUGAAGAUCAACGGCGCCUACGGCUCCAUUAGUUUCUCGCCUGUGCUGCACUACCCGCAGUACAUUAGCCAGGAAGAGUACUUUGCGCUACUGCGCGCAGCCGAUAUCGGCCUCAUCACGUCGGUGAGGGACGGCAUGAACACCACGUCGCUCGAAUACGUCAUUUGCCAGCGCCAGUCGGCCGGUCCCCUGAUUUUGUCCGAAUUCAGCGGCACCGCCGGUUCUCUGAAGGACGCCAUCCACAUCAACCCGUGGGAUCUGUCCGGCGUCGCUGCCCAGAUCAACAACGCGCUCACCAUGCCCGAGGACAAGCGUCAGGCCAUGGAGCAGAACCUGCUAUCCCACGUCACGAGCAAGAACGUGCAGUACUGGAUCGCCGGCUUCCUUCGCCGCCUGGUUACUAUCCUCGGCAGCCGGAAGAAUGCGACCUCGACGCCACUUCUCGACCGGUCGGCCAUGCUGCGCAAGUACCGCGCCGCCAAGAAGCGCCUAUUCAUGUUUGACUACGACGGCACGCUGACGCCCAUUGUCCGGGAACCGAGCGCAGCGAUCCCUUCGGAGCGCGUCAUCACGAGCUUGAAGGCGCUUGCUGCAGACCCCCGGAACGCGGUUUGGAUCAUCUCUGGCCGUGACCAGGAGUUCCUCACACAGCACCUGGGCCACAUUACGCAGCUUGGCUUUAGUGCGGAGCAUGGCAGCUUUAUGCGGAACCCGGGAUCGACCGAGUGGGAGAAUCUCGCCGAGAAGUUCGACAUGGGCUGGCAGGUCGAGGUACUCGAUGUGUUCCAGAAGUACACCGACAAGGUGCCCGGUUCGUUUAUUGAGCGGAAGCGGUGCGCCCUGACGUGGCACUACCGCCAGGCCGAUCCCGAACAAGGCGCACAUAUGGCACGUGAAUGCCACAAGGAGUUGGAAACUACGGUCGGUCGCAAAUGGGACGUUGAGGUCAUGGCCGGCAAGGCCAACCUGGAGGUGCGGCCCACGUUCAUCAACAAGGGCGAGAUCUCUAAGCGUCUCGUGGCCACCUACAAUGCCGAGCUGCGCAACGGCGGCAACGACGGCAGCGCAGACAGGGUCGAUUUCAUCCUCUGCAUGGGCGACGAUUUCACCGACGAGGACAUGUUCCGCGCCCUGAACGGGCUGUCGCAGCCCGCCGACGGCAGCCAAAACAGCACGCCCGAGGUCGCGACGGACGAUUGCUUCACCGUUACUGUCGGUGCGAGCACCAAAGUCACGCUUGCCCGGUGGCAUUUACUCGAGCCUGAGGACGUCAUUGAGUGUGUGGCGCUCCUUGCCGGGGUCGGGGGAGGUGGCACAGGCACGACCGCUGGUGGCGUGCUCAGCAUGGGCGAGGUCAACCUCGCUGCCCUCAGCGCUGUUGAGGAUCAUAUCCCCGAGUAG